UCUCAGGGCAUCUCCUUAUUCUUUGUGUCCCUAAGGUACUUCAGUGAAGAAUAGCCUGUGGAAAGUAACCUGCUUUCUUAGGAUUAGGUUGUGUAUCCUACUGUUCCUUGGUUAAGUGAAGGUGUUCUCCUGGUUGUCUUUUCUCCACAUCUUUUGAGACUUAGCAACUGCUCCGCAGAAGUGCCCCCUGUGUAAAACCCCAGGCUCUUGCACAAUGUACCAGUCCAGCUUUAUGCCACGGGAAUAUUACCCAGCCAUGAUCCCACCUUCUGCCUACACCUACCCACCUCUGCGGCCUGGGAGAGCAGAAAACAUGUCCAGAUCUGUGAUGUUCCCUCCCAUCCACAUGCCCAACUUCUACAGUCGACCCAUCACCUUUGUGGUGGACCGGAACAGCUACCCUGACUAUGCGGGAGGUCAGGUGGAGUAUCAUCAUCUCUAUAGUGCCUCCAACCCCUACAUCUAUCCAUACCACACCUGGCACUUCCCUCCCAUGGUCCCUAUCCCUCUCUACAAUCCCUAUGCAAACUACCAUCCCUAUGCUACCUGCCAGAGGUCAGAUCAGUAUCGAGAUACGUGGCCAGAAGGCUUCACAAUGAGAGGGGAGCUUCAAUGGGGGAAGCUUGGAAAGGUGUUUGGGCCAAGGAAAGACCUCCCAGAAUUUGUGAAGGAUGAUCUCCGGAGGGUUUAUGGCACCUACCCUCGGACCAAUGUUUCCAUAUCCUAUCGGAAAGGAGAGUUCUUGGUCAAGGGAGACCCCAAGAUAGAAGACCAGGAAUAUGCAGUGGAGAAAAAAGUCAUCCAGCAGGCUGUGACCCCCAGUGCCAGUGAGGCAGAUGACAGCAGUGAGGACCGGAACCGUAAGAAGAAAAAGAAACUGAGACAUUGAGGUAGUCAGAUACCCAAUGGACUGAUGCUCUAGUACCCUCAUGGGAGCCAGUUGGCAGCUGGUUUUGGUGUGGUUGGCAAAUAACACAAGCAAUGGAUGCCACCAUUCUUGUAGAUUUCUUUUAAUUUCUCCUCAUUCACCACAACGUUAUGGCAGGUUUACCAUUUUUGAUGCAAAAGGCUCAUCCUGUGAAGAAACCACAUGGCACUUUACUGUUGGAUCAACUCAUUGGUCCUGAUUUUGAAAUGAACAUUUGAUUUCCACAAGUUUGGUUGACUGGUCACAGCCUGGUGGGGGAAUCUCCAAACUGCAGCCCUUGAUCAGAGAAAUGGGCCUCUUCCUACCUUGUCCAGGGGAAGGGCCUGUAAGCUGGUUCUCUUCCUGGAGAAAUGAAAGCUGAAUUUCCUUCAGGCUGAGGGCAGUGCAGGUCCCAGAAGACACAGGGGUUCUUGAACACUCUAAAGAACAAUUGUCUGCAUGUCUUGUCACUGCUGUUUAUGACCAUAUCACUGCGCUUUAUCACUACAUGAGGCCUGUAUGCAGCACUUCCUUACACUCUGGUGUCCCCAUCCUCUUACACUUGAUAAUGUGGUGCUCAGUACUCCUGGCCACAUGUCCUUAUUGAAACUGCUCUUGAGGCCCUGCUCUGGGUCUGACUUGGCUCUGGUUCAAGGUGCUGGCUCCCCAAUGAGGAUACUGGAAUUGUGUGUACCACAGCACUUCCAUAGCUUGGUGGUUGUACUGGAAGAGCUGCGCUGGAGGGUUGUGAGGGGCUGGGUCUGACUUACUUGCAAACUUCUGUACCUUUUAAAUGAUUAUAAACAAUAAAAAAACCCAAAUGCAAA